AUGGACCGGCAGGACAACAUCCGCAACGUGACCGUCAUCGCCCACGUUGACCACGGCAAGUCUACCCUCACCGACUCGUUGGUGAGGAUGGCUGGCAUCUCGUCGAAGAACAGGUUCACCGACGGACUCGAGGCCGAGCAGCAGCGCGGCAUCAGCAUCAAGUCCACCGGUCUGUCGCUCUACUUCGAGCUGCCCAACGCCGCCGACCAGAAGGCGCCCGCCACUCAGGCGGCGGCGGCCGCCGCUGGUGGUGAGGAGGGCGAAGCCCAGCAGGGUCCUUCCCUCGAGGGCUUCCUGCUUAACCUCAUCGACUCGCCCGGCCACGUCGACUUCUCUUCGGAGGUGACCGCCGCGCUGCGUGUGACUGACGGAGCGCUGGUGGUGGUCGACUGUGUGGAGGGCGUUCCCUGUCGGAGCGCAUCAAGCCCGUUCUUGUCAUGA